UGCGCAGGGCCGGCCAGGAGCGCGUCGGGAGCCGGCGGCGAGACCCGAGCCGUGGGACCCGAGCGAAGGCAGUGCCUAGGCCGCCGUGCCCCGCCGGGCCGCCCCAGCCACCGCCAUGGGCAUCAAAUUUUUAGAAGUUAUCAAACCUUUCUGUGCAGUUCUACCAGAAAUUCAGAAACCUGAAAGGAAAAUCCAGUUUAGGGAGAAGGUACUAUGGACUGCCAUAACUCUCUUCAUUUUCUUAGUAUGUUGUCAGAUACCACUGUUUGGAAUAAUGUCAUCAGAUUCUGCAGAUCCUUUCUACUGGAUGAGAGUUAUUCUUGCAUCUAACAGAGGAACUUUAAUGGAAUUGGGUAUCUCCCCAAUUGUAACAUCUGGUUUGAUUAUGCAGUUGUUAGCUGGAGCCAAAAUCAUUGAAGUUGGAGAUACACCCAAAGAUCGAGCUCUAUUCAAUGGAGCCCAGAAACUAUUUGGUAUGAUCAUUACCAUUGGGCAAGCCAUUGUGUAUGUCAUGACGGGCAUGUAUGGGGAUCCUGCUGAAAUGGGUGCUGGCAUCUGUCUCCUUAUCAUUAUUCAGUUGUUUGUUGCUGGUUUGAUUGUGCUGCUGUUAGAUGAGCUGCUACAGAAGGGUUACGGCUUGGGGUCUGGUAUUUCCCUCUUUAUUGCCACCAACAUCUGUGAAACCAUUGUCUGGAAGGCCUUUAGUCCCACUACUAUUAACACUGGCAGAGGUACCGAGUUUGAGGGUGCAGUCAUAGCGCUCUUUCAUUUACUGGCCACCAGGACAGACAAGGUCCGAGCUUUAAGGGAAGCUUUCUAUCGUCAGAACUUACCCAAUCUCAUGAACCUCAUCGCUACGGUCUUUGUGUUUGCCGUUGUUAUAUAUUUCCAGGGAUUUCGUGUUGACUUGCCCAUCAAGUCGGCCCGGUAUCGAGGACAGUACAGUAGCUAUCCCAUCAAGCUCUUCUACACCUCGAACAUUCCCAUUAUUCUCCAGUCGGCCUUAGUGUCAAACCUGUAUGUUAUUUCCCAGAUGCUGUCUGUUCGAUUUAGUGGCAACUUUUUAGUAAAUUUACUAGGACAGUGGGCUGAUGUCAGUGGGGGAGGACCUGCUCGUUCUUACCCAGUAGGAGGGCUUUGUUACUAUCUUUCUCCUCCUGAGUCCAUGGGCGCCAUAUUUGAGGAUCCUGUCCAUGUGGUUGUUUAUAUCAUCUUCAUGUUGGGAUCAUGUGCAUUCUUUUCUAAGACAUGGAUAGAAGUGUCUGGUUCCUCAGCCAAAGAUGUAGCUAAGCAGCUUAAAGAACAGCAAAUGGUAAUGAGGGGCCACAGAGAUACCUCUAUGGUUCAUGAGCUUAAUAGGUACAUCCCCACGGCGGCAGCGUUUGGUGGCCUGUGCAUUGGCGCCCUGUCAGUGUUGGCUGACUUCCUCGGGGCCAUUGGCUCCGGCACCGGCAUCCUGCUUGCCGUCACUAUUAUUUAUCAGUAUUUUGAAAUUUUUGUGAAGGAACAGGCUGAAGUCGGUGGGAUGGGUGCUUUGUUUUUCUAAAUGUUCCAGUAUUUCUUCUUGUGUGUGUGAAAGGGAAAAUAAUUUUGACACAUUGUUUUUGUCAAAUGAUGCUGUCAAAUAAUCCCUGUUUGUCAAAUAAUCCCUUUUCUUCCCUCACGGUUUGUUUUCAAGCGCUCACCGGCCCGUUUGUGAGAUGGGCGCCGAGCUCAGCCUGUGUGCAGCAUUAGUACCAGCUGCCUUAAAACUGAAGUUUACAUUAUUCGUUCAAAAAUGUACUUGUAGUGUUGCCUGUGAUGCUGGAAACCAGUGUACCCGCCUUGCCCUGUUCACUUGUGACGGUGAGAUGGUGACGUGGAUCGGUUUUGCACACAACAUUCAGAACACUCACUCUUCCCCCCACUUGUUUAAAAAUAAAUGUAGUUCAAAUUGCCACUUUCCAGUAUUUUUGAGCUUAUUUAAUGAGUUCUGGAACAUUUAUAUCUAAUCUGUAUUUUAGAUAUAAUUAACUUUUUAUACUUUUUUAACUCCUAAACCUAGUAUCCACGUUCCCACCCUCCCUCUCCGUCCCCUGCCCGAUUCGUCCCCUCUCACAGCUGCCACUCAGCCCAGAUGGGCAACGCUGAGCUUCAGUUCCAGCUGUUCCUAAAACAACUGCUUGUAAUUACUCCUGGUUUUCAUUCCUUUCUUCCCAGUGACAGCAGUUGGUGCUGUUUUACUGUAUUGGCUAUGCCUUCGAAUUCCAACACAUCCCUUGAGAAUAUUCUUUCAAGAUACGAUGCCCCAAUUCUUCUCUUUUCUUUUUAAUCCCUAAAGCAAAGAUCUAAUUCUCAAGCAAUGUCUGUAGUUCAGUGGGGGUGAACAAUGAGUAAUUCGUGCUAGGAAUCUGUGUAUGUUGUUGUACUUUACAGCAACAACAUGAGUGUAAACAGUAGAAAAUAAACCUUUAUUUAAUAAAACUGUUUCAGUUGUGUUGGAAAAAUAAAAUCGGGUAUUAAAUGA